AUGGCAAACUUGCAACUCACGUGUCAGCAAGAAGAGACCAAGGUUGAUACAACCCUGUUCAAGCAGAUUGUAGGAACUCUUCGUUACAUAUGCAACAGCAGACUGAACAUCAGCUUCGGAGUCGGGCUUGUCGGCAAGUUCAUGCAUGAUCCAAGACAGUCUCAUCUUGCAGCAGCCAAGUACAUUAUGCGCUACUUGAAGGGAACAACGGAUUAUGGUCUUCAUUUUCCCAGGAAGGUUGAUAGUACGUAUGAUAUUUUGAAGGCAUGGUGUGAUGCAGAUUGGAGUGGUGAUCAAGUGGAUAGGAAUAACACCUUUGGGUACCUGUUCAAAUUGAUGGGAGCUUCAAUAUCUUAG